UCUGGCAGCACUGUCAGCCGUGGAAUAAUCAUAUACAAUUAUUAUGUACAAUUGAGACACAAAAACAAAAGAUAAGCUUUCGUACAACCCAAAAUCCGAGAUGUCGAGGGCGGCGGGACCUUCCUUGCGCCUGGGCCAGCAGGACCUGAAGUGCCGCAUGGGAUGCGGAUUCUACGGGACACCCCAGAACCACGGACUUUGUUCGAUGUGUCAACGGAAAUUGAAGCAAAGGGCCGGUGAAACGGGUCCCGGAUCCUCCACAUCCUCACAGACCGCGGGUGGAACCCAUGAGCGGAAAUCCCCACAACAUGGACAUGGUCAUGGACACCAGGUCAAGAAACCGGAUAACCAGGAUAACUCAUCCGGCACCCUACAAAAGAAGAAGUUCACCGCGGUUUUGCAGAAAACCCUUCAAGCUGGAGCCCAAAAAAUCACCCAACAGCGUGGUCAUGUGCCCGAUCCCACGGAGGGCCAGUUCCUGCUGCAACUGCGCCAACUCCGCAUUCCCGAUGACGGCAAACGCAAACUUAAGCUGGAAAUCCAACGUUUGGACGGCGAUAUACGAAAGUAUAUGAACGGAAGUGGUGGCAAAAAUAUCAAUGAACUUUCGGAUUUAGUGCAAAAUGCCUACACCAAGGUCUCAGACAUCGUGCACAACGAUCCCAGCUUUGAGAUAGCCACCAACGAGGAUCGCGACAGUGCCAUUGACUUCUUCGAGAAGGUGGUGAUGACGCAGAACCACAAAUUUCUCUUUAGUCCCUACUUCACGACGGAUGAGGACAGCGAUGUGAAGGUUCAGAAGCGCAUACGCCAGCUGAGCUGGAUUACGGCCAAGCAUCUGGACUGCAGCAUCGACGAGGUCAACUCGGAGGCCAGGGAUUUGGUUUACAAUGCCAUAUCCGAGCUGGUGGGCAUCGAUUCGUACUACUCGCCUCAGGAGAAGCUGCAGUGCACGUGGCGCUGCUGCCGGCACAUCUUCGAGCUACUGAAACGGGCAACUGGCGGACCGGCCAGUGCGGAUGACUUCCUGCCCGCCCUCAUAUUCGUCGUCCUGAAGGCCAAUCCUGUGCGCCUGCACAGCAACAUCAACUUCGUGACGCGCUUCACAAAUGCGCAGCGCGUGAUGAGCGGUGAGAGCGGCUACUACUUCACCAAUCUCUGCUCGGCCAUUGCCUUCAUCGAGAAUCUGAAUGGCGAGAGUCUGGGCAUCAGUAGCGAGGAGUUCGACGCCCUCAUGUCCGGACAGCAGCCCUACAGUUCGCCCUGGGAAAGUGCCCUGUUGGCCUGCGAAAGUCUUCAUUUGAUUUCCGAGAACAUGAAGCGAAUGGAGAUGUUGCAGAAGAGAAACGCGUUGAUAAGCUCCGGCAUCGCUUCGUUCGAAAAGGAGCUUAUUGAUUUCCAGAGAGAGGUGACCGAACGAGUGGACACCGUGCUGGCCAAGGCGCCACUCAACCUGCUGCCCAUCAAAACACCCCCUUUCCUGAUCGGCCAGGCAAGAGCUCACCUCCAGAACGAAAACGAAGCUGGUCAUUAUCAGGCGAAUAUGCUGAGUGGCAGCGGUGGCACAUUGACCUCCCAAUCGCUGUCUGCAGUGAGUGGCUUGACGAAGCCCCCAGCAGCUACGGAGGAUUCGGGAUUAGCAUUCAAGGACACCAGUAUGGGCUCGAUGGGUCGUCUGUCGCCACUGCAGCAGAAUCUUCAGCCAGCCGACAACCUAUUCGCCUCGCCACUCUUCAGUUACACCGCCUUCGAUGCCGUGUCCCUGCUGGAGGAGCAGGAGCCCUCAUCCGAGGGAAACACCGAUGUGCUCAUGCUGGGCUCCGAGUUUCACGGAGGACUGACCAACAUAAACUAUGACUUUGAUUUGUCGGACCAGAGUGGUGAGAACAGCACUGCGGAUGAGUCCAAACUGAACCUUGACGAGUUCGAUCCCUUGGCGCAAGCGGGCUCAGUUACCCAGCCACCUGCCCUUCGGCCGGAGGCCAGUCUGCUGGACAGCACCACGGAUAGCCUGAUAGACAGUGAAGUUCCCGGCACAGCUGUCCUGCUGCCAUCUCCGUUAAAGCCCGAGGUGGCCAACUACCGUGGCUUCUCGAAUUUCGAUAUUCCCAGCAUCUCCUGCAACACGGGGGACUUUAGUUCACUCGGUCAGGAGAGCAGCGAGGCACCUAAAUAGCUCCUAAAUAGCUCUUUCCCCCGCACUUACACGAAUGUAAAUAGAGAUAAGUAAUAUAUUGUAGUUAGCCCAUCGCUUAAACUCAGAAGUGUGCACAUAUUUAUUUGUACAAUAUUUAACUAGCUUUACAGAAAGGACGUUUAAUAAAUGCAAUCAAAAAUCA